AUGCUGGAGGUUCUUAGUCAAGAAAUGAGCUCAGUUCAUCAAUCCCUGCGAACACAUUUGACCAACCUUGUUCAAGCAACCACUCGAAAUUGUGCUCUGUGUUUGGUCUCCAACGGUCACCAUUCUGGCACUUUGUUCAUUAGCUCGGGCAAUACUGGAAUAGAAAUUAGAACCAAAACAUACAGAGAAGGUACUGAUUACCCAGAAAUAUAUGCUGUGAUUGGCAGUACAAUAUCUAUUCCUUGUAACCUCAACGCCCCUUCCCCGGAUGAUUCCUUUUCGACGGUGCUGAUGUACAGGAAUGAUACUCCCAAUCCCAUCUAUACCUUAGAUGCUAGAGGAGCUACAGCAGCACAUGAAUUCUCUCAUUUUGCUAGUCAGGUACUAGGAAACAGGGGUCGUUUCAAUGCGAGUACCCAGAGGCCAAGUGCUGCUUCAUUGACUCUGCAGAAUGUCCAACAGAGUGACGCAGGAGAAUAUCGUUGCCGUGUGGAUUUUAAAAGGGGUAGGACUCUUAACUGGUCGGUGAAGCUCAAUGUCAUUGUGCCUACAGACAGUCUGGUGAUAAAGGAUAAGGAUAACAGAACCUUAUCUGGAACCAUAGGUCCUUACAAAGAAGGUUCUUCGCUAACGAUAAUUUGUGAAGCUCAUGGUGGUAAGCCUUUGCCUGCUGUAUCCUGGUGGAGGGACCGGACGGACGUCGUGGAUCAAUCAUCAGAAAUAGACUCCGAAAGAGGAAUCGUCCGCAACGAACUGGUCAUUGAAACCCUCAAGAGGGAGGACUUGCUGAGUUUGUACACCUGUCAAGCAUCUAAUACCAAUCUUACAUCUCCCGCAACAGCAACAGUUAACGUUAGACAUCAGCUUGAAUCCCACAGACGUCCAGAUUACGACAGCUCAAGCUCCUGUCUCUGCAGGAGAAAGAGUAGAGGUCAUUUGUCAAAGCAAAGGUUCCAGACCACCAGCCAAAAUCACAUGGUGGAAAGACGGUAAAAAUCUCAAACGCUAUACUACAGACGAAGUAUCGGAUGAUGUUACAACAAGUAAACUAUUCCUCACGCCAUCUAGUGAAGACAACGACAAAAUUUUGACAUGCCGAGCGGAGAAUCCUGAAAAUGCCGACAGUGCCUUAGAAGAUCA